AUGGUGUGCGAAAAAUUUAAAUCUUCAUUAAAAACCCUAACAGGUAAGACGAUCACCUUGGAGGUCAGAUCCUUUGAUAUGAUCGACAAUGUGAAGGCUAAGAUCCAAGACAAAGAAGGCAUCCCACUGGACCAACAACGCCUCAUUUUCGCCGGCAAACAGCUCGAGAACAGCAGAACACUAGCCGACUACAACAUCCAGAAGGAAUUGACUCUCCAUUUGGUCCUCCAUCUCUGUGGUGGCGCAAAGAAGCACAAUAAAACCUACACCAAGCUGAAGAAGAUCAAGCACAAGAAGGUGAAGUCAAGCAUUUUGCAGUUCUACAAGUUUGAUGAUUUCGGUAAGGUGGAAAGAUUAAGGAAAGAGUGUCCCAAUGCCGAGUGCGGUGCGGGAACUUUUAUGUCUAAUCAUUUUGAUAGGCACUACUGUGGCAAAUGUGGUCUUACCUAUGCCUACCAGAAGCCUUAG